AUGGAAACAUUAGAUCGAAUAACAACUACGUUCGAAAAUGUGAGGAACGUAAUCAAGAAUAAGAGUUCAAUGGAACGCCUUCAAAGUCUCAAGAAAGACAUGCACACCCUGGGCAUGGAACUGGUAGCUUUGGGUAAGGAGAAUCACGACCAGUACGUGAGGUCUCUUGCAAUGGACGCCUAUUUAUCUCUUCUUUCCGCCAAAACUAUGCCUUGCUCUCUCGUAGAAAAAAAGAAUAUCCUUCAAGUUGCGUUCGACAAAUUAAAACCAUACGCAAUCCGAGAAGAAUGUCUAUUUAUUUUAUUGAAAGUUCAAAAUCUGCUUUGUUAUUAUCUUAUACAGCUUGAUCAGUUCACUCAGGCUUUAAACAUUCUGAAAAGCAUGGAGGAACUCUAUGACAAAAUAGGAAAAUCACAAACCGAUAAGUUUUUAGACGCAGAAGACUUAUUCACCACAGAACCGAUCGCUAACAUCAAACGUGUGAACCCAGAAAAAAUUGACAAAGUCAUUACAAACAACGUCCAGAUGCAAGCAUUUUUGUAUAACAAAUUGAAUUGUCCUGAAAAAUAUGUACUUUACAAUCAUACCGCUCUACGAAGGCAGCUGGAAAUGAAAGAAGGAACGCCUCAGGACUGGGCUUUGAAGACAGCACGCUUAGGUAACUAUUUUACAUACCUUAAUCAAAUGGGUAACGCUCGACACCAUCUCUGUGCUGCAUACCACGUGCUCAGGACGUGUCACGACAACUGCAAAUUGAUGCCAGAGGAAUUUGUACUCCAAAAGGCAGAUUUCGAAAUUCACUUUUUAGAAUUGAGUCACCAUUGGGUCAAGUACGGGCUCACACUGUUCAAGCUAUCCAAAAAGAAGAUCUUAAACAAAUAUUUCUCAGAGCCGUCUUGCAGAACUGACUUAUGGAAGACUGUGGAAAUGGCUGACGAUAAUCAUGACACUAAAAUUCAAGAAGAAAACCUAAAAGACUUAGGAGCUGAAAAAUCAAAAGGAGACGGUACUCCCGAAAAACUUUUCAGCUUUCCCUCAUUAGAUUUGAUAGAAAUGGAAAGCAAAGUACCUUUAGGUUUGGUAUGUACAGCAGAAGAUGCUAGAAAACUUUUUGCUUUUACACACAAAUGGCUCAUGCGAGCUAAACAUUACUACGACUUUGAACACCAUUCGGCUCAAUACAUAUCGUGUUCUCUACAGCUCGCUGAGUUGUAUGAGCACCUUGCUUUCUUCGAGAGGAACAUAGACAACCAAUACAGCAUACAGAAGCGCCGCGCUGACGUUUUAGAAAACCUGAAUUCUUUGUUAAAGACCUGCGACAACAUGAUGUCGGUUCAGAUAGAUGUCAUCAGAGAACUAUCACAAGUUCAGUUAGAGUUGAUGGCUUUGAACUUGCAGAAGCUUUGGCGGCAGGAGUCACAAACGAACAUAUUCAACCUUGACAACGAUGCAGAUUCGAUCAUAAACUCUUUAGAUUCUGAUUCAACUAAAACGAUUACAGAGAAAACUCUCAAUACAUCAUGCAAGAAUGUGUUUCUGCGUAAGAUGGAAGCUACCACUUCUUUGAAUGAAAAGCUGUAUCGCCUGAGCGGACAUUUGGGACUUAAGACGCCUUCGCAGCUUAGUUUUGGAACUGGAAUACUGAAAAACUGA